CUGAAGAGAGAAGGCGGACAGUGGGCUUGGCUGCUUGCAUUAUGGCCAGCUGUCGCCACCACUCAGGAUACCUGGCUGAUGAUGAGGCUGGCCACAGCACGUACAUAGCACGGGUGCAGCCACCCAAGAAGCCACUGUUGCCAGAAAUGGGGUCAGCCUCCAAGCUGGGUCGUAUGCCCCACCCACCAUCAAUGGAUGGCAACUCAGCUUACCGGGGCCACCGCCAAACUGCUAAGGGCCCUCAGGCUUUUGGUAGCUUCUUGGAUUUCCUGACUGAGGGCCAGGUGUUAGACAGCCUACAGACAGUGGUGGAGGAGGCAACAGAGCGCAUGGCUGCUAUGAAGACAGAGGCUGGGGUGCCACUGGUAGAGGUCCAGGACCCAAUUGAGGUGCCAAGUGGUAGGCGGCCACGUGUUCGACCCAGCUUCAGCACUGUGCACCGACACCGUGCUCAGCCCAGCCUCUGUACUGGACGCCCCAACAAUUACCCAUCUUGCUCCAGCUCCAUGUCUGACUCCCAUAGCAGCCUCACAGCUGGCUGUCUGGGCUCCCACAGCUGGAACAGUGACUUGGGUGCACAAGGCUUAGGCUCAGUGCCACCCAUGAGGGACAAACUUCUACUGGAGAAAAACCUCAAGCGACUACUGCGGUUGGAGAAGAAAGGGAAAGGCCCGAGUCAGCCCAGUUCCAAGAGGGACUCCCUGCUAUGGGACUCACUGGGCAGCCAGGCCAGCAGCCAGCGGACCCGGGAGCAGCCAUUGUCUUGGUUCUCAGGGCUGCUGGGCUCCAGACCAGGCACUCCUGAAGCAUCAGAGAUGGGACCUGGAGAACGAGAGCUGUUUUUCCUCAAACGAGAAUUCAACAAGGAGAUGAAAUCUUUGCUGAGCCAGCCAGCAUCCUUUGACUUGCCUGGCUACUGUUCAGUCCGUCAGCCCCAUUGCACCCUGGACUUCCUGGCUAAGCACCACCUCUUUCCUGCUCUGCAGACUGUGGUCAGCCAGGCUGUGGACAAGCUCAGUUGUGCCCGCCGCCCAGAUGGCUGCCCUCUUUUUCCUGUCAACUGCGAUCCCAACCCAGCAUUGUCAUUUAACUUGCUACCACAAGACUCCAGGAUGGUCACACCCACUAGGAGAAGGGAGCACUAUGAUUCUUUCCUCAGUAGAGCCUCCAGCUCCAAGAUAACUCCCAGAAAAAACAAGGGCAAACGGGGCUCCCCCCCUGUGUCUAAUGCUCAGGUGGCCACCAAACUCAGGCUCAAGAGCCCCAGUGUCAAGUUCACGAAGAAGAAGUCGCUGCCUUCCAUCUCAUCCAAGUCCAGCAUGUCUCACCUCUCCAACCCCUGGUACGAGGAGCUCAUCAACUUCUUGGUUGAGCAGGCAGUCUCCUUGCUCAUCUGCAAGUACAAGUUUGAGAACAACCUCAAAAAGCAGCUUGGCUUCAUCUCCUUCCCAAUCACUGAGACACUCAUGGACCUUUUCCUGGGCUUCAAGAAAGUGAAGGGCUCCCAUAUCCGCCUGUCCUCGAAGAUAGACUGGCGCUGCCUGUUGCACAAGCUGGAGGAGGACCAUUUGCUACAUCAGGUCUCAAGGCAGGCCUCGCGGCUGGGAGCCCACCAUCCCAGUAGCAUCUCCCAGGUUGGUGCUUCCCAGGUCAGUGCCUCCCACGCCAGCACCUCCCACCAUCGUGUUCCCCAUUUUGGCCCCUCAUGGCGUAGCACAGUGCCCCUCACCCCACAAUCUACCAUGCAUCCUGAGCCAGUAACUGACCGGACCAAGGCCCAGGCCCAGGCCCAUUCCCAGGCCCGGGCCCAGGCCCAGGCCCAGACCCAGGCCCAUUCCCAGGCCCAGACCCAGGCCCAGGCCCAUUCCCAGGCCCAGGCCCAGGCCCAGGCCAUAGAGCCUGGCCCUUCCCUCAACAUUGAGCUGCCAAUCCUCCAGCUACACAGCACUCAGGAGCCUGCUACAGAAGAGGGGAAGAUACCCACAAGCCUAUCAGAGCCCAAGCUGUCUGUGUCAUCCACCACCAGCAUGGGCUUCAGUCCUCCCGAGUCCAAGGAAAUGGAUGAGGGCAGUGAUGAGGAUGAGUAUGGUGAUGAGGAUGAGGACGAGUAUGAGAAUGAGGGCAGUGAUGAGGAAAAGGAGGAGGAUGAA